CUUUUGUUGUAUUUCGGCUUGAGCCUCUCAAUGCAAAGGCUUUGUUACCCUCUUCCACUCGUUGCAUCAGCUGUAUUCACGGCGCCUUAAGCCAUUCAACGCUGUUUGCUUCCUUCAUCCUCUUUCUAGUUCUCUUUCAACUGGCCUCGUCGAUUGACGUUGAUGCGCAAAAUGAUUCCCAAGAAGGCUUCCUAUGGUGAAUGAAUGCCCGAGAUAAACUUCCCAGACUUUCCCCUCCCAUUCUUUGUGGCGCAAUAUCAAUGUUAACAUGCUCAAAAGUGACACUUGAUGUUUUCACAACAAAAAGGUAUAAGGGAAACCAAGUGGCUGUUGUCCAAGUUCAAGGUGAUGCGCUACCGCCUGCAGACAUGCAGAUGAUUGCACGUGAAUUCAACUUCUCCGAAACCGUCUUUUUGCGUCGAAACACGAAUGGAGCAGUGACCAUCAACAUCUUUACUCCUGUGAACGAGAUGGAUUUUGCCGGCCAUCCUGUCAUCGGCACUGGCCAUGUGCUAUUUCGACAGCUACUUCCUGGUCUCGCUGUGCACUCCUCAGAGGCCACCCUUUGGACAAACGCUGGGCCAGUUGUUGUGCGUUAUGAUCCGUCGCGAGAAACUGUGGCAGCCGACGUGCCGCAUAACGUCCACAUUCAUUCCCGCCCUACUAGUACACAAAGCAUUCUCGACACCCAACCGAGCUUGAAGACCCAGGGAUUAUCAACUGAACAGAGCUAUCCAUGCGUGUCUAUUGUCAAGGGCGUCACCUACACCUUGGUCGACUUUACCAAUCAGCCCAGCCUGUUCACCGCCAUCUCCACAGGCCCCAGUCAGCUUACAGAGCUUGACGAGGGAUGGGCACCAUCUUUCACAGGGGUGAUGUACUAUAGAGUGCUGUCGGAUCCUUACGACGAGAGUGGCAAGAAGGUCCAACAUCUCAGAAUUCGUAUGAUUGCAAUCGGUCUCGAGGACCCCGCCUGCGGAAGCGGUUCAUGUGCUCUGGGCGCAUAUCUCGCGCUUCAGCAGGGGGAUUCGGGCGGUAUGUAUAGAUUCUAUCUUGACCAGGGACAGGAGAUUGGCCGUGACAGCAGUAUCAUUGUCGACAUUGUACUGGAUGAGACUGGAGACAAAGUUGCAAAUAUAUCCCUCUCAGGGUCUGCAACUCCAGUAACUGAGGGCACGAUAUUGCUGCCCGAAUAGAGCGGUCUGAAGGUCGAUCUCGGGUUUUUGCCAUGUCGUGGCCGCUUUAGUAAGAUUCGAGUUGUGAUUUAUUGAUACAAUAUUGUACAGUUAUAAAGCAGCGACAGCUUUUAGUUCUCAACAUGUUGUAUGCUCGAUUGCACUUAUCCAAAUACCUCGCCCCGUUUCAUAAUUCAUAGUAGCGGGCCACGCCACUGACACUAAACAGGCAUGCGCCUCUUCCCAAAGUGUCAACCCAGUAACCCUUUUCCAUGCAUCUACGUAGCCAGUAAAAGCUCUUUGGAGGCCAUCCAGCAAGGGGUCAUGGUUAUUCGCUUGCUGUUUAGCAAUGCUAUACUCUCCAAGGAACGCUCGCCAAAGCCAAAAAUCCGUAGAGUCGUUGAGUCCCAAAGUGCUGACAGAUUGGCUGAGAUCUCGACUCAAGAUCGAGAGAAACCUUCGCAAGAGACGAGCGUCAAUGGCCUCGCCGCCGUUCCAGAGCUCCAGGACACUGUGCAUAUACAGGCUUGAUGCAGCGCACAUACCAGACCAAGAAGUGCUAUAUUUUGACGAGUGUGCUGAUGAGAACAUAUCGUCGUGGAACAGAGAUGAGAAAUGGGAGCCGAUAGUAGCGCAGAGAAGUCGAGAAUCUGAUCCCUCGAUCCAUUCCCAGCUUGGGUCGCAUUUGUAACAGUCUUCCCUGACUGUCUGCGUUGAAGUUGUAACAUGCUUCAGGCAAUCUAUUAGAGGUGAUGCGUCGAUGCUAUGGAAUUGCGUUGAUGAGGGGAGGGCAGCGAAGAAGAAUGGCAAGAGUUUCAUGGCGUUGAGACGCAUAUCAAGAUGGCCGAUAUUUUGGGUCUUCCAGAGAUAGAUCUGCGAUACGAACGUGGAAAACUCUGCGGUAUUGUUCUGUCGGAAAAGGUUCUGCAAAGAGUCGCUUCCCAAUAUCCUGGCCUUGAAGCCUUGGUAGGCAU